AAUCACGAAUGACUUUAAAACCCACGUCUAAAACAACAUGAAACUUCUCCAUAAAACUGUCUAAAACUCCUUGAGACUUUGUUCAGAACCCUGAACCCAAACGUGUCCAGAACUAGUUGAAGGUUGGAGCAGUGAGCUGAAUGGUGGAGCUGAUGGUUUCUAUGGCCACCAUGAGGAUGCUACAGAGAACACAUCCAUCCCUGAUGAAUUCUUCUCGUUAUAAAAGUUGAGGUUGUGGUCGUCUGCCAGAAGGUUUGUCUGGUUCCUGGUCUGAAGAAGAACCAGAGAAACAGCCGGUAAUCAUUUAAAGACUUUCAUGUUUUAACAGAGAUUGAAAGCAGCUCAUUCACCAGAUAUUUCCCGGUUUUGCUUCAGGCUGAUGGAGAACUUGACGUUGAACAGCUUCACGCUGCAGCUGGAAGGCAUCAAGGUGACGGAGGUUUCCAUGUACCCCGUCUUCUUCUUCUUCUUCUUCUCCUACCUGUUCAUCAUGGUCGUCAAUGUCGGCAUCGUGGUUCUGGUCUUCCUGGACAAGAACCUCCACCAGCCGAUGUACCUGCUGUUCUGCAACCUGCCCUUCAACGACGUCCUCGGUAACUCCAUCAUGGUUCCUCGGCUGCUGGUCGACGUCCUGUUGCCUCCGUCCAAACGCCUCAUCAGCUACUAUGAGUGUGUGGUCCAGGCCUUCACCACCCACAUGUUCGGCACCACCUCCCACACCGUGCUCAUGAUCAUGGCGUUCGACAGGUACGUGGCUAUCUGCAACCCGCUGCGCUACGCCGCCAUCAUGACCAACAGGAUGGUGCUGAAGCUGACGGCGUCGGCCUGGGGGGUCGCCUUUGUCCUGGUCGGGGUUCUGCUGGGUCUGACCGUCCGUCUGAACCGCUGCCGAACUCUGAUCACCAACCCGUUCUGCGACAACGCCUCACUGUUCAAGCUGUCCUGCGAUAGCGUGUUCAUCAACAACGUGUACGGGCUGACGUUCACCGUGGUUCUAUUCAGCGCCUCCAUCGGCACCAUGGUUCUGACCUACACCAGGAUCACUGUGGUCUGUCUGACCAGCAGGAACAAGUCUCUGAACAGCAAAGCCCUGAAGACCUGCAGCACUCACCUGUUCGUCUACCUGGUCAUGUUCUUCUGCGGGACGCUCAUCAUCGUGCUGCACCGCUUCCCCCAGUACUCCGACUACAGGAAGAUGUCGGCCAUCCUGUUCCACAUCAUCCCUGGCAGCCUGAACCCCAUCAUCUACGGAGUUCAGUCCAAAGAGGUCCGCAAGUUCCUGUCCAGGUUGAUCCCGUCCAGUAAGGUUUCAUCCUCCUGAUGGCUACAAACGAGUCUGUUUCAGACAUGAACUAACGUGGAGAUUAUUCAGUUCCUGUUGUUAAAUCUUUUAUUUUCCAUCUCAGAAACACGUAGCAUCAAAACUUCACGUCGGAUUCCCUCGAUCCCAACAGAACCCACAAGUUUAAGUUUGUUUUUUACCCUGAAAUGAAGUGAUCUGUGUUUUUUCAUCCAUAAUGAACUUUAUUAUGGCUGAAAGUGUUGAAAUCUGGGUUUCAUCUUCAGAUCGCAGUUAAAUAGUUGAACGUCCACGAAGGUUUGAUCCUCAUUUUAAUGCAAAUACGAACAAGAAAUGAGUCUGAUUUUGAUCUUUUAAUCAUCAUUUUAAUGACAAAGUGUCAGAUAUGAAUCAAUGUGGAGAUUGUUCAGGUUCCUUUUGUUAAAUCUUUUAUUUUCCAUCUCAGAAACACGUAGCAUCAAAGCUUCACAUCAGAUUCCCUCGAUCCCAACAGAACUGAGAAGUUUGUUUGUUUUUUACUGUAAAAUAAAACGAUCUAUGUGUUUUUCAUCCAUAAUUAACUUUAUUAUGGUUGAAAGUGUUGAAAUCUAGGUUUGAUCCUCACUUUAAUGCAAACAUGAACAAGAAAUGAGCCUGAUUAUCUGUUUUUAAUAUUUACCUCAAUGAUAAAGUGGCAGAAAUCUAAUAAUAUGUGGAGAUUAUUCAGAUUUUCAGAUGUUCCACCUUUUUUUUCUGUUUUAUCCACAAAUAGCAUGAAAAAUACCUUCAGUUUUUUUUAUUCCAACAGAACAGAGAAUAAUUCAGUUGUUUUGUUAAACAUAAUUCUGAUUUUUAAGACUUUUUUUUUGGUUUUCCAUAAAAUUAUUUAUGAGAAGUUGUCACAACUGUAAAUCCAGAAAGGUUUGAUCCUCAUUUUAAUACAAAUACGAACAAGAAAUAAGCCUAAUUUUUAUCUUUUAAUCAUCAUUUUAAUGAUAAAGUGGCAGAUAUAAAAUAAUAUGUGGAGAUUAUUCAGAUUUUUUGAAGUUCCAUCUUUUUUUGCUCAGUUUCAUCCACAUACAGCAUGAAAAAUAACUUCAGAUUUAUUCUAUUCCAAAAUAAAUGUAUUUUUCCAUGAAAUGAUGUAAAUAAUUCUAAUUCGACACAGAAAAGAUGCAGCUCUGUAUGUUUUUACAUCAAUAAUGAACAUUAUCGAGGUUGAUGGCGCUGAUUUCUGGGUUUCAAAGGUUUUUAUCCUAAUUUUAAUGCAAACACAAGAAAGAAAUGUUCCUUUUUUUUAAAAUCUUUUAUUCAUUAUUUAAAUGAUAAAGCAGCAGAUAUGAACUAACAUGCAGAUUAUUCAGAUUUGCUUCCAUUAAAUGAUUUAAUAUUCAGUUUUUAUCCAUUUCAGCCGCACUUUGAAUGAAAGAUCUUCUGUCACACUGAGAAUAAUUCUGUUUUAGUUGAAUAUUUGUCUGAUAUUUAAGCUUUUUAUUCUAAUAAUUGUGACAGAAUUCAGCAGAAACAUUGAUCUAUAAGUUUAUCAUAAAUAUGUUAAAUAUGUUAAGAUUUUUAUUCAUCCUCAUUUAAUCUCAGUCCAAACAGGAAGUGUGUCUGUUUCAGAGACGUCCUCUAAUAUCUGCAGAUUUUCACUGUUUUUAUUUAUCGCAGUAAUUAAAGUUGUAUUUUGUUGUUUUUCUCUCCUGUCUUUAUCACAU